CUUCGGCCUCUUAACACGCUACCUUCCUCCUGCAAAAUACUUGUGCUCCCAGACAAAACAGAGAGGGAAGCCGUGAGGUUUUUAGGUUUCGCUUAAACCCCCCUGCAACUGCAAGCAACAAGCACCACGACUGAAGAAGAAAAAAAAGUUCCUUGUUCGCCGUUACUGUUAUUACUAUCCAUAAAGAGGUAUUGGGCAAUGGAUGAUGUUGAGGAGAUGGAGGGUUACAAGCCUGAACCAGGAUUUGAAGAAGAUUCGAGGGAACCAUUGGCUGAUAUUAGCUUGUCAGAUUCGACUGAGCUCUGGCUCAUUCAAUGGCCUAUUAAUGAACUUCCUGAUUUUAAUGGGAAAGAACUUUCGCUCAGUCUUGAUCAGGAUGGAUGUUUGGGAAAUUUCGAGGCAUCUCCAGGGAAAGCAUUUGAUCUGGUCAGCUGCUCUGCUAAAGGGCUAGAUGCAACGGUUUUCCUUUCUUCUGAAUUGGAAACGAAGAUUGUUGGUAAAAUUUCAAGACAAGUUUCGCUUGUGCAUUAUCCUGACCCUAAAGAACUUGAGAAACAAGAAGCAGAAAAGAAAUCAAAACGUUCAUAUCAGAUGUCUGCUGGAUCUUCAUUGAUGAAUUCUUCCCUCCAUUCUGGAACUACAACCCCAAGUUCCAAGCUGCGAAACUCACAGUUGUCAAGGGGACAUGCUGCAUCGACACAUAGUAGCAGACAUAAGAGUUCAUUGUCUGAAGCUGGGGAGCAAUCAAAUACUAAACAAAGGCGUCUGCAUAAUCGCAGUGGAUCCACAGAUCGGUCUGCUCUAGACUCGGGAAGAGGUCAUAGUGGUCAUGUCUACUCAGGGUCCUCAGGGCUUUCACACCAAGGGAAAUCGGAGGAGAUAUCGAAUGAGUGAGAUUCCUCUCCUUGCUGUCUUUCCCCCAUGGUACUUUUUUGUUCGCAUCUUUUACCUCUGAACAUUAUGAUUGUAAUUUAGAAACUGUACGCUUCUGAUUUUAUUGGCUCUUGGCCUCGAAGCUUUGGUUGGUGAAGCAACUAAGAACUUUUUCCAGUGAGUCCAUAGGUGGCAGUUUCAUUUUCUUGUCCAAGAUUUACGUAUUUGUUUGUGGUCC